AUGGACCCCCGUGAAUGUGUCAGCCAGGGGAAGCCCAGCCUGUCCUUUUCCAUUGAGGAGAUCUUAAAGAAACCUUCUGCCAGCACCACCUCAAGCAGUGAAAUCAGGACCAGAAGUAACUAUGCUGAGACAUCUUUAGCCCUAAAAGCAGGAUCACCACUGGCCUUUGAUUCCAGCAGCAGGAGUCAAUUGGAGAAUGACUUACCUUCGGAUAAAAUGCUUCUUCCUGCCAUGUGUACUACACCCAUGACCAGAGCAAAGAAAGUGCAGGGAGCCCACUGCAGGAGACCUACUGACAGCCCAGCUUCCCUCUUGAGUGAGGAAACAGGUCGUGAACACCCAGAAGGCAAAAGAAAACACUAUGAAGAGGAAGAUCAGCUAUGUGAUUUCCCAGUGGACCAUCCACUUCAUGUUGAGAGGAAAGGGAAACGGAGAAUCCGGACAACAUUCACAGCUGAACAGCUCCAGGAACUGGAGAAGAUUUUCCAAGUGACUCACUACCCGGAUAUCCAUAUUCGCAAUCAACUGGCAGCAAAGAUUAACCUUCCAGAAGCCAGGGUUCAGAUCUGGUUCCAGAACCAGCGAGCCAAGUGGAGGAAACAUGAAAAAUAUGGCAACUUUGGUGGCCUUCAGCAUCUGACAGAAGUUGAUUUCAUUCCUGCUCCCAAGGCAGAUAUCACAGCUCCUAGCUUGAUGCCGAGAAAGCUUGCCGCUACUGUCCCUGCUGUGGGAUACUACUCACCACUGCAAGGGCAACUGACAACUGCUUGGCUGCCCAGCAUGCUCUCCUUCAUCCCUCACCACCUAGAGCUGCUGCCAUUCCCAAAACCGUAUUUACUUUUCAACGUCCUCCCCCCCUAUGGCACCUACAGCACGCCGCUGCCCCACAAGUUGGAACAGAGCAGUAUCUGCGCCAGCUCCACAUAGAGGAGGAUAUGGAGGAGCAGGGGACUUGGGGUGCAUGCUUUUAUCGCCCGUGACUGUUUGCAGGGGGCAGGUGCUCUCCUCAAACAAGCAUGCUGGGACGAUGAAUAGCCUGUGGCGUGAGGCCAGCUUGCUGCAUGAGUGCCACCACAAGAAGCUGCAGCCUAGUGAACAUGGGCGAGAGCCACCGUGGACGUGGAAGGAGAUUCCUGUUGACAUA